AUGUUAUUCUCAACCAAUCUCUUUCUCGGAACGACCCUCAUAUCGCUCAAUGCCAUUAGCGUGUGGGACGCAUACCUGGUGCUGCGCCAGCGCCGCGCCAAUGAAGCCAAAGGCAUGCCAUUGUAUUUUAAGAAGUAUAUCACUGACGAGGAGUUUGCGAAGUCGAAGGCGUACGCGAGUGAAAGGGGCACAUUCAGCUUCCUUCAGCAUGUAAAGGGGCUGGUGAUGAGAAACGUUAGCAUUUUGCUACGGCUUCCCGCGCGUCUGUACUACCUUGCUAUGCAGUCCACUGGCUUCUCUGCCGGCUCCUUUUCUCACAACUACGCCGCCGCUGUAGUUGAGGAUGUGAUCUUCACCGUACUCGACAUUCCCUUCUCUUACUACGAGAACUUCUACAUCGAGAAGCGGCACGGAUUUAAUAAGAUGACCAAAACCGAAUUUGUGAAGGACAUUCUGAAAUCUCUGUUUCUCCGUGUCACGCUGCUCUACCCUAUGCAGAUCGCGCUCAUCCAGUUUGUGGUGCGACGCUUCGGUGAGCGCUUUCCGUUGUACCUCUUCUCCGGAAUGUCGGUGAUUCUCGUCAUUUUUCUCCUGGCAAUGCCAACACUCAUCCAGCCGCUGUUCAACAAGUUCACCCCGCUUGACACAGAGAUGCUCCUGUACAAGAAGAUUGCGCAGCUCAGCACAGAGCUGGGCUUCCCGCUGAAGAAGGUGUUCGUCGUCGAUGGGAGCCGCCGCUCGCACCACAGCAAUGCCUACUUCUACGGCUUCGGCAACAACAAGCGCAUUGUCCUCUACGACACUAUUCUGGAGCAACUGAAAGAUGAUGACGAGUCCAUCAUAGGAGUGCUUUGUCACGAGCUCGGCCAUUGGAAGCACAGCCACAUGUACAUGAUCACUGCCUUGAUUCUUGGUCAGCUCAUGCUGGUUUCCUACGGUGCACGCCUAGUCCUCUUCGACAAGAGGGUGUAUGAGGCGUUUGGUUUCGGCGAGAUGGAUCCGGUAGUUGGACUCAGCAUCUUCCUUGAGCCGUUCUACAGGACACUGAGUACACUAUUUGGAUACGGAUUCUGCUCUAUUUCGCGGCGCAUCGAGUUCCAAGCGGAUCGCUUUGCUGUGAAGCACAAUCACGGUGAGAGCCUAAAGAGGGCCUUGUUAGUAAUGGCUAAGGAAAACCGGACUGGCCUCACCUCGGAUCCGCUGUACUCGGCGCUUCACUACACGCACCCGCCCCUGCUGGAGCGCUUGCAGGCGGUUGAUGCGGAGCUCAAGAAGCAAGAAUAG